AUGAUGGUGGCUCUUCCUGCGAGUCCGAUAGACGACAACGCCGACGCCCGCCCCGCCACCCCCCGCCCCCUGCCGCCGCCCCCGUCCCCGCCGCUGCCGAGGACGACGACCCACGCCCGCUCAGACAGCUUCCCGCAGACCGCAGGCCUCACAUCGCCAGAGUGGGCCGAGGUGGACGCCCUCCCGCAACGCCCAUCUGCAAAGCGCAACUCUUCCGCAUACCUCAGAAAGCUCGAGCUCGGCGCUGCCAGAGAGAAAGAACGAUUCGGCCUUGACGACAUUCGUAUCUCCACGUCGCCCUCCUACGAAGAGGAAAUCUACAUCCAGCUGUCUCCCCGCUCUGCCCACGCCAGACUCGACGACGAAGCGAAAAACGACCAAUCACCCGCCAUGCCCAGUACAUCUCUGCCCAACUCUCCCCCGCAAGGCCUACACCGCCAGCCCUCUCCAUCCACUCCUCACGUCAAUGUGCCCACUACAGCACGUAUGCGCCACCCGGCUCCCCCUUCUCCCCUCUCGCAAGUGCUGCCUACAGAGAGAGGCACUUCUGGCGCAGCAGCCCCAACACCCAAGCGCGACCAGCUGGGCACUCCUUCACUAGCAGGGCUGAAUAUUCCCGAGGCGUCGCCAUGUUUCAUCCAUUCUCAUCUGGACAGACAUGGCUCGCUACAGGACUGGCUGAAGAACAAGACGGGCAAGGACAGUGGGCAAGCCGUUGCUGGUACUUCAGCCGCCCAUCGACAUGCCAGCAACGCUACGCACCCUGUCCCGCAGUCUUCCCAGGCGCCUCCUGUCCCUCAUUCUCACGCACCCCCUUCUCCCUCGCCCUCGGGAAGUCACUCGCACGACACCAAGGGCAAAGCAGCAGUCCUUCCGGCUAGUCGCAAGGAGGUGACGUCGAGCGAAUACGAGUCUGAAUCAGACACCACUCGAGAUCACCGAAAGACUGACAUUGGCCUCGCGAACGGACUGCCAGGCUACGAUGAGGACCAGGAAAUUGAUGAAGAGGGAAAUGCGAGCUUGACCAAGCAGUUGGCAGAGACAGCUCGAGGGGUCCGAGAGAUGAGCAAGGAGCUCGGUCGUACAAAGGUCCGCUCAAGAAUACAACACGUCCUCAUUGUCACCAAGGCCAGAGACAAUCGCCUCAUCAAGCUCACUCGAGAGCUCGCCCUUUACCUCAUGCACAAGCGCCCCGCCACUUCGCCCGAUCGUAAUGGGGCUAGUACAAGCGGCAGUAGCAGGGGUGAGAGACGUGAUCGGGGUAUGGUCGUCUACGUUGAUGCCCAGUUGCGCAACUCCAAGCGCUUCGACGCCGAUGGUCUCCAGAGGGAUUACCCGCAGCUAUUUGAGCCUAUGGCUCGACGGAGGUCAUCUUCUGCUUCCCUCAGUACAUUUUCGGCUCUCUCGUCGGCUCAUCCGUCAACGACGAGUAUGAGGGAUGCGGCGAGACAGGCUUCGAAUGAGGAGGGGCAACUGAGGUACUGGACAAGCGACCUGUGUUCAGAGUCACCUCAUCUAUUUGACUUUGUCAUCACCCUCGGCGGUGAUGGGACAGUCUUGUUCACUUCUUGGUUAUUCCAAAAAAUUGUCCCACCCGUUCUUCCAUUCGCCCUCGGCUCCCUGGGGUUCCUCACCAAUUUCGACUUUUACAACUACAAGGACAUCAUGGACAGAGUCGUCGAUGAGGGUAUUCGCGUCAAUCUUCGAAUGCGAUUCACCUGCACAGUCUACCGCGCUAUCGCACCUGAGGAGAAUGCUACUGCAAAGGGCAAGAAGCGGAAGGCGAUCAAAAAGCCUGGUGGAGAGAUCCUGAUGAGUCGGGUGGAUAAGGGUGGAUGGGAGAGUCUUGAGGGGCCGACUCCGAGUGGUCCUCCUUUGGAUAUGGAAGAGGAAGGAGAGGACAAGGAGAUCAUGUGCUACUCGACAAGGCCUGUGGAGCAGUUUGAGGUCUUGAACGAUCUGGUGGUCGACAGAGGACCUAGUCCUUACGUCAGUCUCUUGGAGUUGUUUGGCGACGAGCAUCACUUGACCACUGUACAAGCCGAUGGCCUCACUGUAUCGACUCCCACGGGAUCCACUGCAUACUCCUUGUCGGCUGGUGGUUCCUUGGUGCACCCCCAAAUCCCCGCCAUCCUCAUCACACCCAUCUGUCCCCAUACGCUCUCCUUCAGGCCCAUGCUCUUGCCGGACAGCAUGGAGCUGAGGGUAUGUGUACCUUACAACUCGAGGAGUACAGCUUGGGCGAGUUUCGACGGUCGUGGAAGGGUGGAGUUGAAGCAGGGUGAUCACAUCAAAGUCACGGCUUCAAAGUACCCCUUCCCAACAGUCUGCGCCGACAAAGCCUCCACCGACUGGUUCUCUUCCAUCUCUCGUACGCUUCGCUGGAACGAGCGCGAGAAGCAAAAGUCGUUUGUGGUCGUCGAAGAAGACAGCGAGCCUCCAAAGUACAAGACCGCGGAUGGCAAGGAGGAUAGCAAGAAGAAGGUCUUUGAUGAGAAGAAGGCAAAGACCAAGUUUGAAGGAGAUGCUAAGGGGAAGGGGAGUGAGAUUGUAGAUGCUGGGAAUGAAGAGGACGAUGAAGAUGAGGAUGAGGACGAGGAUGAGAGCUUUGACAUUGAUGACAGUGUCUCUGGCCCAUCAUCGCCUCCUCACGAGCAUGCCCAAGAGCCUCAAGUGCCCCCGCAGCAACUGCACAACCUUCUCAACUCUCAUCAGAACGGUCUCGAAAUACCCAACCGCUUCGUCACCCCUUACUCUGCUCCUCCUGCCAUCUCACAGCGCCAUCUGGUCGAGGCUCUGCACAAGGCCGAGAUUAAAGCAAAAGAUAACGAGGUCGGACAGAGGGACAAUAUCAGGGGAGACCCUAGUGACAUGAGGGUCGAUGGGCACCAUCACCUCAUUCCUCCUGGGAGAUCACGCUUGAACAGUCCGACCGAGUCGACCGACGCGAGUGAUACUACUCAGAUGGACGAGAAGAUCAGGGAAGAGAAGACUCCCAGACCCCAUAAUGGGCAUGAUCACCAUCACCAUCACCACCACCACCAUCAUCACCACAGACCUGGGGAGCAUUCUGCUCCCAACUCAUUGGCGGAGAGGGUUGCAGAAUGCAAGGCAAAGGCUUUCGCCUUCUUUGGCCAGGAUGACUCUGCUUCCGAGUGCAGUGAUGAUCAUUCUUACGAGUAG